UCCCGCAAAUGAGAUGAAACAGACAACUAGGUCUCUCUCUCUCGUCUCGAUCGCUCUUCUUCGUGAUCUCCGAACGGCGACUUCGUCCACACACCAUUUCCCUCGAUUCAUCCACCUUCAUCGAUCGAUCCCCAUUUCUUAAAUUUGAACCUCGCGCUGGGAGCGAAGGAGCAAGAGUUGAAGAAAGGGGACUCGUUCGCCAUGGGGAACGCUUCUUCCAUGCUCACGCAAUACGACAUCGAGGAAGUCCAAGAACACUGCAACUAUCUCUUUUCGCAGCAGGAGAUUGUCGCCCUCUACAAUCGCUUCUGCCAGCUCGAUCGCACUGCGAAGGGCUUCAUCUCUUCGGACGAGUUCCUCUCCAUUCCCGAGUUCUCCCUCAAUCCCCUCUCCCAAAGGCUGCUUAAGAUGGUUGAUGGGUUGAACUUCAAGGACUUUGUUGCCUUCUUGUCAGCGUUUAGCCCGCAAGCCACCCCCCAACAGAAGGUCGAACUCAUUUUUAAAGUGUAUGAUGUUGAUGGUAAAGGGAGAGUCACUUUCAAGGACUUGCUGGAGGUGCUUCGCGACUUGACGGGUUCAUUCAUGUCAGAGGAACAGAGAGAGAAAGUUUUAGGUCAGGUUUUGGAGGAGGCAGGAUACUCAAGAGAAUCAUCACUUUAUGUGGAGGACUUCAUGAAGGUUCUCUCCAAAGCAGGUUUGAAAAUGGAGGUUGAAGUACCUGUGGAUUAAAUCGUAUAGCGGGGGCAAUAGGGACCCUUUGCAGCAGUGGUAACCUUCCCUAGUGAGCAACAAAAUGGGGCAUAGAAGGGAGUCAACUGCGAUUGAGGAGCCGACCAGAAUUAAGUAGGAGGGCAUGUUGAUGACUCUCCUUAUGAUCAAGUACAACACAAUUGACACUUCUCCACACUGAAUUGAUUAUGAUUUGUCAUUGUUUGCCCCCCUUUUUGGAUAACUUAUUGGGCAGUAUUGUUAUGGCAUCUUGAAGCAGAACCACAAUUUACAAAGGUGAACUGGUAGACCCACCCACUAUAGUUUUCUUAUUUGUCAUAAUAAGAUUAAUUUAUAGUUCUGCGAAGUAUUAAAGUUUACUAGGUACUUUGAGAUA